AUGCAGGUUCUGGUUUCCCAAGUCAAGGAGGCCUUCCGGCGGGCCUUGACUGCGGCGUUCCCUGCCGUCGACCACGCGCCGAUUAUCGGGACUUCGAAGUUCGGAGACUUCCAGUGCAACAGUGCCAUGGCGCUGUUCAAGCAGAAUGGCAAAGACGUGCUUGGCGUCAACUCGCCGAAGGAGGCCGGAGAGAAGAUCGCCGAGCACCUCAAGGACGAGAAGCUCUUCACAAACGUCCAGGCGUCGCCCCAAGGCUUCGUGACGGUCGACAUCGCCGCGGAGUGGCUUUGCAAGGAUCUGCAGGACAUGCUGCGCCAGAAGGGCCCCGUGAAGCUCGCGCCCGCAGAGAAGAAGCUGCGCGUGAUGGUAGACUUCUCGUCGCCCAACGUCGCCAAGGAGAUGCACGUCGGCCAUCUGCGAUCGACAAUCAUCGGCGAAUCUAUUUCGCGCAUCCUCGCUUUCUAUGGCCACGAAGUGCAGCGCAUCAACCACAUCGGCGACUGGGGCACGCAGUUUGGCAUGCUCAUCGAGUACCUGCAUAGCGAGUUCCCUGACUAUAAGGCGAACAUGCCCGACAUCAGCGACUUGAACGCCUUCUACAAGAAAGCGAAAGCUGCGUUCGACGCGGACGAGGACUUCAAGCGCCGAAGCCGAGAAAUGGUCGUUAAGCUGCAGGGCGGCAACGAAGCGGCCCUGGAGUCGUGGCGGUUGAUCUGCGACGUGAGCCGCCACGAGUUCGAGAAGGUCUACAAGCGCCUCGAUGUCUCGCUGGAGGAGCGUGGAGAGAGUUACUACAACGAGGAGAUCCCCAAGGUCGUCAAGGAGCUCACGGAGAAAGGAAUGAUCAAGGAGUCCGACGGCGCCAAAUGCAUCUUCACUCCAGUAAACGAAGUGCCCCUCAUGGCCGUGAAGAGCGACGGAGGCUUCGGCUACGAUUCCACCGAUCUCGCUGCAAUCAAAGACAGACUGAUCACGCGCCAGGGCGACUGGCUGAUUUACCUCACGGAUCUGGGUCAGGAGGAGCAUUUCUUGAAGAUCUUCGCGGCCGCUAAGGAGGCUGGCUGGCACAAGCCUCCGGAGACGCGCGUUGACCACAUGGGCUUCGGCGUCGUCCAAGGCCAGGACGGCAAGCGUUUCAAGACGCGCAGCGGCGAAGUCGUGAAGCUCGUGGACCUGCUCGACGAGGCGAAGGUGCGCGCGCUCAAGGAGCUGCAGAGGCGCAAGGAGGAGGAAGGCGCUGAGGAGAAACGCGAAAACGGCGAAGGCUUCACCCCCUGCCUAGCCACCGGGACCUCCGUCGCGGACGAAGAGAUGGAGAAAGCCGCUGAAGCCAUCGGCUACUCCGCAGUGAAGUACUUCGAUCUGAAACAGAAUCGUCACACGGACUACAAGUUCUCGUUCGACCGCAUGCUCGACCCUAAAGGAAACACUGCGGUGUAUAUGCUGUACGCGUACGCGCGCAUCUGCGCCAUCUUCAGGAAGGCAGGAGUCGAUGUGUCGUCAAUCAAUCCCGAGGAGCUGAAGAUCGAGGAACCGGCGGAGCGUAAGCUCGCCGUCACUCUCGCACAGUUCCCCGAUAUCUUGGCGUCCAUCCUGGAGGAUCUGCACAUUCACAGGCUGGCUGAGUACAUGUACAAGGUGUCUGGCGCGUUCACUGACUUCUACCAGUCGUGCAAAGUGCUGGGAGGACCUCAACAAAACGCCCGUCUCUUGCUCUGCGAGGCAACGCGGAAGAUUCUCGAGAUCUCCUUCCACCUCCUUGGCAUUAAACCGCUGGAGCGCAUUUAA